UCCGGGAAGGAAGACUGUGCAGCCAUGGCUGCGGCCGCCCGCGCCCGGGCCGCGCACUUGCUGAGGCAGCUGCAGCGAGCAGCAUGCCAGUGCCCAACUCAUUCUCAUACUUACUCCCAAGCUCCUGGAUUUCCACCUUCUGGGAAAACAACAGAUUAUGCCUUUGAGAUGGCCGUUUCAAAUAUUAGAUAUGGAGCGGGAGUUACAAAGGAAGUAGGAAUGGACCUACAAAACAUGGGUGCUAAAAAUGUUUGUUUGAUGACAGACAAGAACCUCUCCCAACUCCCUCCUGUACAAAUGGUUAUGGAUUCCUUAGUGAAGAAUGGCAUAAAUUUUAAGGUUUACAAUAAUGUGAGGGUGGAACCAACUGAUAGAAGUUUCAUGGAAGCUAUUGAGUUUGUCAAAAAGAGAGCUUUUGAUGCCUACGUUGCUGUUGGUGGUGGCUCCACCAUGGACACCUGUAAAGCUGCUAAUCUGUAUGCAUCCAGCCCUCACUCUGAUUUCCUAGAUUAUGUCAAUGCCCCCAUUGGGAAAGGAAAGCCUGUGUCUGUGCCUCUUAAGCCUCUGAUUGCAGUCCCAACUACCUCAGGAACUGGGAGUGAAACUACAGGAGUUGCCAUCUUUGACUAUGAACCCUUGAAAGUAAAAACUGGCAUUGCUUCGCGAGCCAUCAAACCAACACUGGGACUCAUCGAUCCUCUGCAUACCCUGCACAUGCCUGACCGGGUGGUUGCCAACAGUGGCUUCGAUGUGCUUUGCCAUGCCUUGGAAUCCUACACUGCCCUCCCCUACCACAUGCGGAGCCCUUGCCCUUCAAAUCCUAUCACUCGGCCAGCAUAUCAGGGCAGCAACCCGAUCAGCGAUAUUUGGGCAGUCCACGCACUACGGAUCGUCGCUAAGUAUCUAAAGAGGGCUGUCAGAAAUCCUGAUGAUCUUGAAGCAAGGUCUAAUAUGCACUUGGCAAGUGCUUUUGCUGGCAUUGGCUUUGGAAAUGCUGGCGUUCAUCUGUGCCAUGGAAUGUCUUACCCAAUUUCAGGCUUAGUGAAGACAUAUAAAGCAAAGGAUUAUAAUGUGGAUCACCCACUGGUGCCUCAUGGCCUUUCUGUGGUACUCACCUCCCCAGCGGUGUUCACCUUCACAGCACAGAUGUGUCCUGAACGGCACCUGGAAACAGCAGAAAUAUUGGGAGCUGACACCCGCACUGCCAGGAUCCCAGAAGCUGGGCCUAUUUUGGCAGACACACUCCGGAAAUUCUUAUUCGAUCUGGAUGUUGAUGAUGGCCUAGCUGCCAUUGGUUACUCCAAGGCUGAUAUCCCAGCAUUAGUGAAGGGAACUCUGCCCCAGGAAAGGGUGACCAAGCUUGCACCACGCCCUCAGUCAGAAGAGGAUCUAUCUGCUCUGUUUGAAGCUUCAAUGAAACUGUAUUAAUUUUCAUUCUCACUGAAAGAAUUCCACUGGCCAUCAUAGUCCUGACAACAAAAGCCGAGCUAGCCAGAACUUAGUCUUUUCAUUCACAUAUAACUUACAUGUUACCAGUUUGGAUGUGAUAUAAAUUUAUCCUGCAGAAGAUUCCCUGAUGUUCAAAGUCAAGCUACUUCUAUACAACUGGGAAAAUGCCCACUAUGUUAGACCUUGGGCUAGACUUUAGGGAUCCGUGUUCCUGCACCAAACCCCACAGAUUGCCACUGCUCUAUUUAUCAAAUGGGCAAAAAUUCAGUAUCUAUCAAAAACAUAAACGCACAUAUCCUAUGCCCAGUAACCCUAGUCUAGAAAUUUAUCCUAUAGAAAUACUAGCACAAGUGUGUCAAGAAAUAUGGCAAGGAUGUUUCUAGUAACACUUUUUCUAAUUUAAAAAAAAAAUUGGGGGAUCCCUGGGUGGUUCAGCGGUUUUGUGCCUGCCUUUGGCCCAGGGCAUGGUCCUGGAGUCUAGGGAUCAAGUCCUGUGCUGGGCUCCCUGCAUGGGGCCUGCUUCUCCCUCUGCCUGUGUCUCUUUCUCUCUCUGUGUGUGUCUCUAUGAACAAAUAAAUAAAAUCUAAUAAAUAAAUAAAUAAAUAAAUAAAUAAAUAAAUAAAUCUAUUGGAAAUAUACCCAUGAUAUACUGCUAACUUGGAAAAAAGCAGAACAAUUGUAUAUUUGCAUGGUCUGAUUUUUACUUUUUAAAUUAUAAAUUUAUGUCUAUUUAUUGAGAGAAAAGAAGGAUACAUAACAAUAUUAAAAGUUAUCACUGGAGAAAUGGAAUUUGGGGCAUUGAGAAUCAAGAGAAAAUAAUCACUUUAUAUUUUAUACCUCCCUUUUUAUUUUAUAAACAUCCGUAUUGUUUGGAUGUGUUACAACAAGCACAUUCUUUCUAAUUUUAAGAGGGCCACUAAAAUAAAAUGAAAGGGCCAGAGAACAGAGAAAAAUAUAAUUUUGUUUAUUUUAGGUCAAAUUCAUCUUAAUUUAUAAAAAUACUAGUAACUAAUAUUUAAAGAUUAAAACAGAUCCAAAGAGGUAAAAUAUUAGAGACUGAUCCUCAUGUAAAUAAAUUAUUCUUUUGAGAAAAACACUAACAUCUACAUGAUAAUUCCCUCCUUGGAAAAAUGUAUUUUGUGGUCAGAAUAAAUGAAUUCAAAAGCAAGCGGUGUUGUAGUUGAUAGACUUGCAGCCUUGCAAGUAGAAUCUAAGUAGCAUGAUCAUUUGCAUCUGUUAUUCCCAAGCUGCAGAAACUUCUACCACUCAUUUCUCCUCAUAAAGGUUACCACACUAAGGUUUUUUGCCUGCUUAAGCUUUGGCAGUCUGGAUCUCAGUGUACUUGUGGAUUUAUCCAUGUUUUAAACCGAAUUAAAAUUUUAAUCAAAUAAGUAAUGUAUAUAUAAUUACAUCAGGGUUUUAAAAACGGAAGAGAAGUACAUUACUUGCCUUCAACCUGCCCAGGCCUACUUUAUCUGCAUAAAGGUCUUUAUACUUCCUUGAGAUCUUUUAAAUAACAUUGAAGUAAUGUUUAUAGAGGUUUCUCUAUCAACAUAAAAUAUGCUCAGUACCAAAACCUGGUAAUACAAAGAUAAACACAAAAGAAAAUCAUCAUAUUGUACCAUCCAGAAGAUAGGCAGUAUUAAAAAUUUGGUUUAUGUUUUUUAUUAUAUAUAUUAUAUGCAUAUUUUUGACUUAGAAAUGAUAUCAUUAAGAUAUAGUUUUAAUUCCUAUAGAAUAUUCAAAUUAUUUAUAUCAAGUGCCCAAAAGGCAAGCAUAGGACAGUACCAAUAGAAUUUCAGUUAUGUAAAAUAAAUAAAUUAAUUAAUUUUUAAAAAAUUUUAAAAAAGAAUUUCAGUUAUAACUUGCAGACCAUAAAUAGUUAAAAUUCCCUCCAGCGUUUCAAAAUAUCCUGGAUCUUGAAAGCAGAAGCUGUGGGAUUGAGGCAGAGUACAGCUAACUCUCUGCCAAUCUGAGAUCCUGCAGGAAACUUUAGUAAAAGUUGUUAAUGUCUUAAAAUACAUUUGGCACAGCAAAAACAUAUGUUCUCCCCAUCAACACACCUUCCCAAAAAAGCCCAGGUAAGUUCUAGAAGGUUUAUAUUCAACAAGGUGAUGUAGCAUCAUUAGAACAGCGUUAGAGGUCAAAGGCCAUGGGUUCCACUCUAGUCCCUUGGUCAGUCUUGAGUUUUACUCUAUUUGACUGAGGCCUCUUCCAUUUUGAUAAUGUUAUGACUCGAUUUUAUGUAUUACUUAGUCCUUAAUGUGUGAUUUGAGCUUGGGAAAUUCGAUGUAAAAUAAUUUGAGACAUAAAAAUGUAUUCUCUCUCUGAAAUGUUCGAUGCCUUUACUACCAGUAGGCAGAUGUCUGUGACUCACCAGGAGGAGUGUUUGGUAGUCAUACUGAUGAUGACUCUGUAAAGGAAGGAUUUAAAGGUCAAGCAUGAAGAAACAGAUUUAGGAAGGCUUCGUGUUUUUUAUCUUAAUACCCAUCAUGUUGGUCCCUAUAACUUGAGAAUAUGGAAAAGAUGUGUUUCUUACCAGCUAUUAAAAGUGUUAGAUAAGAAAUACCGCCCAUUUCUGUAACAACAGUGUAAACACUGUUUCUGAGAUAACAAGUGCAUUUUUCUAAGUCAAAUUCUGUUUUUUAUUGAUUACCUUUAAAAGACC